GGCAGGAUAUUGAGCAAAGUAACAUUUUACCAAGAGUCAUCAUGUGAUGGUUUGCAACUGUGCAACCAUUUGAAUUAGUCUUUCCUUAAAGGAGCUUCCUCUUUUGCUCAUCUACCCUUUCUGUCCAGCAACAAGAAAUGAAGUCCUUUAAGACACAGCUAACAUUUAAAUCAAUUCACUGCGUAAAGAAAGGACUUCUUGUGUGUUGGUCCGCAGCUUCCCGGAUGUGCUUCAGUUUGACAAUCAUCUGUUCCUUACUAACUUUUCAGUUCGACUCAGGCGCUGCGGAUGAUUGUGAGUCUUUUAAGAAUCCAGUCCUGUUCAUCACAACGCCAGGAAAUCUGGAAGCGCUGAAUGGAUUGUGUCUACAAGUCCCGUGCAACUUUUCUGCUAAAGGGAGCGCGAGCUUCACGGGAGAAAACUUUGGGGUGUGGAUCAAGUCGGAUCCUAGAUUUAAAGAAUUCUCCACGAAUGUGAUUUUCAACAGCAGCAGGUCGAUAAAUACGUAUCCGCUGGAAAUCACGGGAAACCUGGAGAGACAAGACUGCACAACUGUGUUUCACAACUUAACGAGGGAACAUUCAGACAUGUACUUCUUCCGAAUUGAACAUACGCAGUUCCAGGCAACAGCUUCCUGCAGUGGAUUUCGCUUAACAGUCAGAGAUUCUGCAUGGAGUCCCAGCAUUAAUGUUCCCUCUGACCUGAAGGAGCAUCAGUCUGUCACUGUAACCUGCUCAGCUUUCACUCCCUGUCCACACUCACCUCCUGAACUCACCUGGAAUCUCCAACAAGACUCUCUCAGACAAACAGGGAAAAACACAGAUGGAACCUUUACAACUAAAAUCCAGGAGAGCAUCACUCUGUCAGACACACAUGAUGGAUACAACAUCAGAUGUUCUGCCAGAUAUCCUGUGAUUGGAGGAAACAAGACAGCAGAGACAGAAGUGACUCUCAGUGUUUCCUAUGCUCCUAGAAACACCUCAGCAUCCAUCAGUCCAUCAGGUUUGGUGUCAGCAGGUAGCUGGGUGGAGCUGAGCUGCUCCAGCAGAGCCAAACCUCCACCCAGCUUCACCUGGUUCAGGAUCAGUGAAGAUGGAGCCACUAAAGUGUCUGUGGGGAAAGUUUACAGACUCCAGAUGACCAACAUGACAGAUUUGGGAAGUUAUUACUGUAAGGCAGAAAAUAUUCUGGGGAGUCAGACAUCUACACAGAGUCAUUUAAAAGACCACGACACAUUAUGGGGAGCUGCUGCUGGGGGACUUGUUGCGAUCAUCGUUGUGAUCUGUGGCGCUUACGUCCUUUGGCGCUUGAAGUUUAAACAUUCAGCUUUACGUCAGUCUCAGAAUACGGGUUUCCAAGAGCCGACCAGUACCGCAGAAAACCAGGACAUCCAUUAUGGAGACAUCGACUUCUCUGCGAUGAGACCGUCGCUUAGAACAGCCCGAGACAAGAUGGAUCAGCAGAAUGUGAUGUACUCAGAAGUGAAAGUGUGCAGAACUGGCAACAGGACUGAAUCUGUGGACGGCCUCUACGCUCAGGUGAAGACGAAACCAGCCAGCCCACAUUUCGCCUGGUGAAAUGUUGUCUCACAGAUAUGUUUGACUUUUUCUCUGAACGACACAGAGACAUUUAUGCCCUGGGUUUGACUUCCCCGGUUGAUGUCUUGAGAUGUCGCUUCAAUAUUUCCACAAAUUGUUCCUUUCUCAUGAAGCCAUCUUUUUUGUUUUUUUUUUGUUUUUGUUUUUGAAGUGCACCAGUCCCUCCUGCAGUAAAGCCACCACGUGCUUCCAUCUCCAUGCUUCCUUCUUUCCUUUUUCCUCGAAAUGAAAUGUCAUUAUGCCCAAA